GCUCUGCAAUCCUCAAGGUUUACCAUGGCUAACCUCAUCAAGGGACCUCGCCGUGACAUGAUAAUCCCGUUGUGUCUGAAUUGGUUCUAGUGCGCUUCAUUUUGAGCUCCUGCCAAAUGCUCCGGAUUCCUUUUAAGUAAAGAUUAUCCACACCACCCGCCGUGCAAACAAUCUUUAUCCAUGCCUGCGGCCUCAGCGGGAUAGGCCCGAUCCCUAGCGCAUACCAGGAUGAGGGUGCAACUGACAAAUACUUAUUCCCAGACAGCCCCCACUAACUGGCUGACAGCCGAUACUUUCUAGGAUUCGGAAGCAGCAUUUACCAGCCAUAGCAAUGGCUCGUCUACCAUUACUACUUCUAACAUGCUUCGCCCUUACCCUACUCUCCUGCGCCAACGCAUGGACUCUUGUCUGGCGAAAUGAUACCGGUGCUGAAGUUGUGACAGGCAAUUCACCCCGAAACUGCACACCAAUCUACCACCAAAAAGGUUCAGAAUUCUCGUUCGAUCCAGAAGGCAAAUUUUGUUUGCAGUUCUGGAAGGAAGCAACAUGCAUAAGGUCGGCCGGCGUAACGUGCGAGGGGUGGAAGUGGAAGCAGCUCGCGUCGCAACCUCUUUUGGCCUUUAAUGUCUAUGAUAUGCCACCCUCUUCAGUGAGUGCAUAUGGUGUUGGUGGGAGUGAUAAGACUAGGUCCAGCAUGUCUUCUACGGCGGCUACGACUUCGUCUACGAUUCCUGCGGCAACGAGUGUUGACCCAACCGGAACGGCUCAGUCGGGGAACAGUAAUAAUUCGGGAUCUUCAUUAUCGGGCGGUGCUAUUGCUGGCAUUGUUAUUGGUGUUGUCGCUGGUUUUGCGAUUGUGGCCGCGUCCUUCUUCUUUUGGGGUCGACGGAAGCGUAAUGCUGCUUCAUCGACUCCAGCCCCUGGCCUACAUGAGGCAAAUUUGCCCGAGGCUGCUGAUGCCUCGAAGCCAGACACAAACACAUCAGAAACGAUGACGACUCAAGUGUCCUCAGUGCCUCCGUCUACGGGCUAUACACCCUCUAUGCCUAACGUCGUGGAGCUUCCGGGGGAGAAGGCUGGCGCGGAACUGAGCAACAGUCGCCAGUUGGUGGAAAUGGGCAGUCGUCCAUUGGUGGAGAUGGAUGGACAGAGUCAGGUUAAACGGCCUUGAUCCUGGCAUAGUAACCUCCAGGACUGCUACGAAUAUAACAAUGGUCGAUAUUUUUGUCUACUAAUCUUUAAUCUGGGCUCAUGAUACCAAUUUGAAAAUUUCUUUGU